AUGUGGGUAUUUGGUUAUGGUUCACUAAUAUGGAAAGCGGAUUUUCCGUAUGAAAAGAUUUUGGUUGGACACAUUAAAGGAUACAUCAGGAGAUUUUAUCAAAAAAGUACAGACCAUAGAGGUGUACCCAGUAAACCUGGUCGUGUUGUCACGUUACUUUCUUCUGAUAAUACCAAUGAUGAAGUAUGGGGUGUUGCAUAUAAAAUAUCAUCUCAAGAUAUAGAUAAUGUUGUCAAACACUUAGAUUACAGAGAAAAAGGUGGUUAUGAAAGAAAACGUAUUCUUUUUUAUCCAUCAUAUAUGAUAGAGAACAUUGGACCUCAUACCUUAGCAAAUACUGAUUCUCAAGGCAACCUUGAAAGUGCAAAGCUGAUACCAACAAAUCCAGAUAAUACACCGUUUUAUAUUACAAUUUACAUAGGUGGAGAAGAUAAUCCAAAUUAUGCAGGUGUAGAAGAUGAAUCUACAAUAGCAAAACAGAUACUUGUGUCUCAUGGUCCUAGUGGGGCUAAUACAGAGUAUCUGUAUAAAUUAGCCUCUGCAAUGCGAAUAAUAGCACCAAAUGUAUACGACGAACAUUUAUUUACAUUAGAAUCUGCUGUAAAGGUACUAGAAAAACAACGGGUAGAAAAAUUGAAAUCAGAUCAACAUUUGUGUAAUGACAAAGACAGAUAA